AUGAAUCUGGAGUCAGCUCUGGGAUAUGGAUAUGUUAUUCCAUGGUCAGUUUCGAUAUAUCCGGUUGUCUGGCACAACUGGCGCCAUAGAUCCGCAUCGGCAAUGUCAAUUGAUUUCGUUAUAAUCAAUGUCUUCGGCUAUCUGUACCUUCUGUUGUCGCUUUGGUUGCAAUUGUUUUGCUGGCAAACGGGGCAAGAGCAUGAAGACUCUACACGCCCAAAGAUCACAGCUUUUGACUUUUACUAUUGUUUGCACGGGGUUGUGAUGAACAUGGUGGUGGUUAGCCAAGUUCUUUGGGGGAACCGCGUCUGGAAUUUUAAAAGUGGAGGAUCCCCGCGAAUGAAGCCUGUAUAUCGCAAACUACUAAUAGGAAGCAUGAUAGUGGCCUCACUUUCGGCCGGGCAGUUCUUGACCCAUAAUUUUCAAAUGGGCUGGAACAACGACAACACUUUAGCAUUCUCUAAUACGCUAUAUGCCCUCAAGAUCUCGAUGUCUCUCAUAAAGUACUUGCCCCAAGUUAAACAUAACUAUGAGCGAAAAACGCUCCGCGGCUUUCCUAUCCAAAGCGUUGUGUGCGAUGUCAUGGGUAGCUUGUGUUCUCUUGCGCAGCUAGUGGUGCAGGUCACCCGCGACCGUACACCACUAACGACAGCGGUCUUGAGCGCCAACUUCGGACGUAUCGGAAUCGCCGCCGUGACAUUAUUCUUCAACUUCAUUUACAUAUCCCAAUGGCUUGUGUACGGGCAGUAA